AUGCAUCCUGCUACUAAGCCUGAAGAUUCAAGUCAUCGAGUCCCAAUCGGCAUAAAUAUUUUGACAGGUGGUUUAGCAGGAUGUAUUGCAAAGACAGCAAUUGCUCCACUAGACAGAGCCAAGAUAAAUUUUCAGUCUACUCGAAUGCCGUUUAAUGUUCGGAGUCUUAUUCAGUUUCUCAAAAACACUUACCAAGAACAAGGUUUCAUGUGCUUAUGGCGUGGUCACACUGCAACUCUUGCCAGAAUUUUUCCUUAUUCUGCUAUUCAGUACUCUGCUCAUGAUCAUUACAAACAUUUACUUGGGAUUGGUUCAACUAGCCAUUCAGAUAUUUCGUAUAUACGUUUACGGCGAUUUCUUGCUGGUGUUGGAGCUGGGACAACAUCGGUUACCUGUACAUACCCACUUGAUGUUGCUAGAGCACGUAUGGCAGUUACAACUGCUUCCAAAUACCUCUCGAAGAACCCUUCCACGGUGUGAGCAACCUGGAAGUGAUAACCGCCCUCAUGAUUUCAACAGCACUCAAGAUCACUGUAUUCAUAAUCAAUCUCCCUCUUCAAUUCCUACGUUGUAGCUGACUGACUAACCUAACUAAUUCCAUACACAACAAGAUAUAUCUUUGGAACCUAUUAUUCAGAUUAUAAUCUUCCUAAAUUUCUCAAAGCAUUAAGAUUUUACUGACCAUAUGUUCAUGUGCACUACUGUUUACAAGAUCUUUAAACAACCUUUUAUCCUUUAAUUACUGCUUUUAAUUAUCUUUUUUUUUGAUAACUGGUAACCAUUCGAAAGUUAUUCUACAUCUAAGAUACAAAACUUGAACUUUCUAACUUUUAACCCUAACGAAACAGUGGAUAAUAUACACUUCUGAGUAGUCUCAGUAAGCUAGUGUUCCUUAGUUUUCCAAAAGUAUUCGAACUGAAGUUAAUUCAUGAUCAGUACCAACUAUAAAUUAAAUUAAUUCCCAAAACCUCUCCAGACAAAAUACAACCACAUUUAUUAAAAUCUAGUGGUAUACUGGCUUUCAUUUGUAUGUAAUCACUAACUUAUUUUAAAUUAGUAUAUAUAUAUAGCUAUGGAAAUGUUAAUUAGAUGAGUUGAAACAAUAGUUGUGCCAUUCAUAACAAAUAAAUUAUCAAGCAUGACGAAUACAUAGUUUGUGAAACAAAACGGAUGAAAUUGUAAUAUUAAACUCAUAAUCUACAGGAAAAUGAAAAAUGAAUAGACCCAUACCACUGCGAUUGAUAUCGACCCACUAUCAUCCAAGGUCUCUAAAUAUAGAUUAUGAUUAUCUAACGGAUUCUAACAUGAACGUCUGUAUCUCUCAACAUAUUUUAUACCAAUAUUAAAUGAAUUUGUGAAUUAUUGUGAUAUUUUGUUCCAACUCUUCUACCAAUUUAUAUGUUAGCCAGUAUAGUGUGUUGAGGAUGUGUACUACAAAUUCUAAUUGACAAGUUGAUACAACUUCUCAGUCUGAUCAACAAACUUUAUGUCUCAAUCUAAUACCUUACAAACAACUUCAAAAUACAAUCAGAACGGUUGUGUUGUUAAGUUACUUAUAAUUGAUUAAUAAAACUUUGAAACCAUCUAUGAAAAAUAAAUAUUACUAGUGCUAAAUGGACUGUGAUUACUCUACUACUUAGUAUUUUUUGAGCAAAAUACUUUACUCGACUAGUCUUAAAUCAUCAUGAAACUUGUAAGCAGACAGGGGUCUAUUUGAGAAUUGAAACAAGAAAAUAUUGUGUAGUAAAAUGUUAAGUAUGACUUACAUAGGAAUUUUCUAUCUUUUUAAUCUAUCCAGUAAUACCUGACUGGUUGAAAAUAAAACAAUUAACAUGAUCCGACAUAUACUAAUCAAUGCUCUAUCCUGUUAACAUGGAGAUUUACUCAUAAAACUUAACUUUUGAUCACAAUGGAAUAAGCAUAAAUCUAUAGGAUCUAAUUACAUUUUUGUCAAUGGAAUAAAACUAUGAAUUAUCAUGAUUCUUUCUGUGAACCUGUAUACUUAACAGUAUACUUCUUUUAGUAGAUGUACUUGUGAUCGUUAGUUGAGUUAAUUCUACCGUCAAAUUAUUCUAUUUAUCAUUAAAACUAGUUAUUUAUAAAAGUAUUAUUGUUAUUAUUAUUUUUGUGGGGUGUUGUUAAGACUUUUGAAUUUGAAGUUUCACAUUAUGAAAUAUCUGUUUAAACAACCAUUUGAAACCAGAAUGCAUUGAAUAGCUGUUUCGUCAUGGUGUAGGUCACGUCAGUAGUGCACAUACACAGCCCCACCUGUGAUUGAAUGCAGAAUCACUAAGUUUAUAUCCACUGGUUUUUAUUUCUGACGUUAAACAAUUCACGAUCUUACGCAACUAUCGUGCACUGCCUUUGUUGAUAUGUCUCACUACUAACAAGGUUGAACACUACUGGUUACUACUUUCCAUUUAAACUCCAGGAAUUACCUAGAGGUUAGUCACCAGUAAUCACAUGAUGACCGUUAUUGUAGGGACCUGUGAAGAUUUUUGAAUUUUCCUAUUACUGACUGGCUAUGUUUAGGCAGUGGAUAAUAAUUGCACUAUAUCGCGAAGCAACCGAAGUUAAAAAUGUCAACCACUGGGUUAUCGACGUAGUGGUGUGAAGGUUAAGCAUGCGCUCCGAAAUCUGAAGGCCCCGUGCUCGACCCCAGCUAGGGUUGUGGAUGUUUACUGUUACUGAGUCUCACACUAGCUGUGUCAGUACCCUUUUGUUUUUGCUUGUUGUCUAAGCAAAGACUAUCCCUAGUUUGAUACUUCAUUAUUAUGGAUCUGUAUUUCGUUACUCCCGCCAUAUAUGAUUUCUUUUGUUCAUUUACUCAGAUAUUCUAGUCUUUUUCAUGCUAUACGAGCUCUUUAUACAGAAGAAGGAUUAAGUGCAUUGUAUCGUGGUUUUUCCCCUGCUCUCCUCGGUAUUAUCCCAUAUGCUGGGACAGCUUUCUUUACGUUUGAAACACUGAAAGAAACUUGUUUAGACAGAAACAAAGAUCCCAUCACUGGUAAACGGCCUAAAAAACUGUAUCCAUUUGAAAAUUUAUGUUGCGGUGCAGUGGCUGGAAUUUUAGGACAAACUGCUUCUUAUCCACUAGAUAUUGUUAGACGAAGAAUGCAAACUGCUAAUAUUACAGGUCAUCCAGAAUACAUAGAAAGUGUAUAUAAAACAUUACGAUAUGUAUAUAAAGAUGAAGGUUUUAUUCGUGGAUUAUAUAAAGGUUUAUCAGUGAAUUGGAUUAAAGGGCCAGUAGCUUCAGGUAUUAGUUUCACUGUUUAUCAUCAAUUUCAACAUUUACUUCAUCAAUGGAUAAUAAUUGAUGAAUAAUUUUUCUUCUUUUCAUCAUUGGUAAUUAUUAUUUUCUUUCGUUACCAUCUAUUUAUUAAACAAGAACCAAAUUAUUAUGGAUAUUACAUCAUAAAUUCUUACGAUCUCUCUCUAAACACGAUACAUAUUUGUUGUUGCUAAGACGUAGUCUGAGCUGUUAUUGUUGUUGCCUGUUUUUUUUUCUAGUUGUUUAUUAGUUUUUACAAUAUGCAUUUGUUGACCGUCUAUCAUAUCCAAUUAUGUGUUCAUGAGUUGUAUUGAUGUAGUGAACAAGAACACCAGUGAAGACAAUCAAAUGUAUUUAACACAAAAUUACAGGACUUGUUGAUAAAAUCUAACAAUCAUAAAGUUAAUGCUUAAUUUGCAAAAUGUCCACUGAGUGUCUCAAAAUGACUCAUACUACAUUGUUCUUGCAUUUUCAUACAAAUUGCAUCGUGUUUCCAUUCUUUACUGUUCGAUCCUCUUGUCUCUCUGCUACCAGUCCUUCUGUUCACGACUAACAUCAUAUACUACUUAUGUCAAUAUAAGUAGCACACACCACAUUGAUAGCAGUGGUAGUAGCAGUAACUGAAGGCUAUCUCUUAUUAUCAAGUUAUACACAUUUUAAAUCGUUACCAUUUUUGUAAACUAAAGAUAAUGACUAUCUUUGUUUAUUGUACGCUUAUUUUGAAUAUCUUUUACAAAAAGAAACAGGCUAAAACUCAACUCUCGGUUUACAUUUGUAAAUGAUUUGCAAAUAUUACUUGACUUUUUACUCUUUUUUUUUUAUCUUGUCACUAUCAAAAUAGAAGUUUUUCUUGUUUUCUGAGUUUGUAUUUUCCGCGGUUUUUUGUCUUUCAUUUUUUUUAGCUAUUAGAUCAAUGUAUUUCAAAUACUCUCACACAUCAACAGAUAUAUAUACACACACACACUCUCACAAACUUGAAGUUGUACAGAGUACUUCAAGUUCCUUCUCUAUUAGAUAUUGACUAUCCUGUAUUACCUAAUUAUUUUGUAUUUUUAAAAUAAAAUAAUGUACAUUUGUAGAAUAAUCUUGAAUUAUUUAUUUUAUUUAUUUUUGUGCUGUUACUUAUUAUUUACCUCAUUUUUAUCCACUGUGUGUUUACUGCUUAAUUUAUCUGCUAUUACUCGUGCUACUUGCAUCGAAUUAAGUAGCUUAGAUUGUUCUACAUUAUUUCUUUUUCGUUUACUUUGGAAAUUUAGCUUAAUUAUUUACGCCUUUUUUCAAUGUUCUCUAUAGUACUUUUUUGCCUUUCAGACAGAAUAUACAUUGUAUUACAUUAACCAUUUACAAAUAUAAACUGGCAAUAUUGUGUAAAGUACUUGUGUGUGUGUUAGUUUACAUAUUAGAAUUCUCAAUAAAUUAUUUCAUAUUGUGUUUGUUUCUUUUUCCUUCAGUACUUUUUCCGUAGUAUUUGCAGAAAGAUUUCUAUGUUCAGAAUCACCUUUCAACAGAUGUGAUCAGGUAUUUUAAAUAGAAAUAAAAGUUUA